AUGACAAACAAAGAUGGCACGACGACCAAGAAGCAGAAGCUCGAUGCGACGACCCAGGAGAUCCAAAAGUUCAUCGACGAGACGAACGCCGAGUACGAGCGCGUCCACGUCCUCUUCGAGGAGCAGUUCUGGGGCACGAAGAUGGCGCUCCAGGCGGGCACCUACAGCACGGCGCUCCUGAGUGCGACGAAGGAGGCCAUGGAGUCCUUCCUGGGCGACGAGGAGAACCUGGCCAAGGCGACGCGGUACGCGGCCGCGGCGACGGCGGAGCAGCGGACGGUGCUCGACUGCUUCGCUCGCACGUUCGCGUGCUACCAGAUGUCCUCCGACGCCGCGCGGAAGCUCCGGUCCGCGGCGACGGCGGCCGAGGACGCCCUCAGCGACAAGCGCAACAAGCUGGGCCUCGGCUUCGCGGACCCCGAAACGGGCGCGUUCGUCGAGAAGAGCUCCGUCGGCCUGCGGACGACGAUGCGCACGGCCGACGACGAGGCGACGCGCCGGGCCGCCUGGGAGGGCCUGCGGUCCAUCGGGCCCUUCGUCCUCGAGGGCGGCUUCUGCGAUCUAGUCAAGCAGCGCAACGCGUUGGCGAAGGCGCUCGGCUUCGAGGACUUCUACGACUACAAGGUCACGAACGCCGAGGGCUUCGGCAAGGCCGCGCUCUUUGAGAAGCUGGACAAGCUGCGCGCGGGCUCCGACGGUUUGCUCGCCGCCGCGCGCGACAAGCUGUGCGCCGCCAAGGGCGAGGGCGCCGCGGAGCCGUGGAACACGUCCUACGCGCUCGCCGGCGAGACGGAGAAGGCGCUCGACCCCUACUUCCCCUUCGAGAAGUCCGUCGAGGUCUGGGGCAGAUGCUUCGGCGCUUUGGGCAUCUCCUACAAGGGCGCGACCAUGUCCCUCGACCUCCUGGACCGGAAGCACAAGUACAGCAACGGCUUCUGCCACUGGCCGCAGCCCGCGUGGCGCAAGCCCGACGGGUCCUGGCAGCCGUCCGUGACGAACUUCACGUCCCUGGCGGACCCCAAGGCCGUCGGCAGCGGCAAGACCGCGCUGACCACUUUAAUGCACGAGGCGGGCCACGCGGCGCACUUCUCGAACAUCGACCAGCCGAGCCCGCUCUUCUCGCAGGAGCGCGCGCCGACGUCCGUCGCCUACGCGGAGAACCAGUCCAUGUUCCUGGACAGCCUCUGCGGCGACGCGGCCUGGCGCGCGGCCUACUGCCGCGACCGCGCGGGGAAGCCGCUGCCCUUUUCGCUCCACGAGGCCGAGCUCCGCGCGACGCACGACUACGCCGUCUUCGGGCUCCGGGGCAUGCUCGCGGUGCCCUACUUCGAGAAGGCGCUCUACGAGCUCGCCGACGCCGACGUGACGCCGGCCAACGUCGCCGCGCUCGCGGACGACGUCGAGCGCGAGCUCCAGGGCGGCCUCGCGAGCCGGCCGCUCCUCUCGGUGCCGCACAUCCUCUCCGACGAGGCGAGCUGCUACUACCACGGCUACGUGCUCGCGGAGAUGUCCGUGCACCAGACGCGCGACCACUUCGGGGGCGCGGCGAAGAUCGUCGACAACCCGGCUGUGGGCACGGCCCUCGCGGACGUCUACUGGCGCCCGGGCAACUCCGUGCCGUUCCUGGACCUCGUCGAGAAGCUCACGGGAAAGCCCCUCAGCGGCGACCCCUGGCUCGCGGCCCUCGCCGUGCCCCUCGAGGACCACGUCGCGGCGGAGCGGGCGGACUACGACGCCUUCGUCGGCGGGGCCAAGGCGAACGGCCCCGUGGACCUCGACAUGAAGAUCCUCGUCGUCGACGGCGACGAGCUCGUCGCCGACUCCGAGGCCCUCGGCUCCUUCGAGGCCGCCUGCGCCAAGUUCGAGGCCUGGGUCGCGAGCCGCGCGGCCUGA